AUGGCCGCUAAACUCGAGCACCCUGUGUACGAAAAGCUCUCCAACUACACCUUUUAUCUUUGUUCCUCGUCGCCUCGCCGCCAGGAGAUUUUGAAGAUGCUCGGGUUCAGCCCUGUAGUCAGGGCGUCUCAGUUUGAGGAAAAUUUGUCAAAGCUAGAUUACACGGUAGAAGAGUACGUUGCAGAGACAGCCAAAGGCAAGUGUUUGGCUGUCUGGGACCAAUUGAAAAAAGAGGGCGAAACAGACAACGUGUUGCUGAUUUCGGCCGACACAGUCGUUGAAAAUCAAGGAGUCAUAUAUGAGAAGCCAAAGACACAGGAAGAAAAUUACCGGGCAAUUUGCGCAAUGCGCGACUCGAGCGAGCCCGUUCGCGUAUUUUCUGGAGUCGUCGUGCUACUGAGCGACGCCAGCACACAAGGAAAGCCCGACAAGUGCAAAAUCAAGACGUUCACGGAGAUAACAGAGAUAAUCAUGGAAAAGUCUGUGAGCAACGAGUUUGUGAGGAAAUACAGCGAGUGCGGCGAAGGCCACCAGGUGGCGGGCGGAUUCAGGAUCCAGGGCUCGGGCGCUCUGAUGAUGAGAGGCAUAAACGGAGACUACUACAACGUGUUGCUUAAACGAUUUGUUCGCUUAAGCAGUUGGCAGGGGAGAAAGCAAGUUGAUGAGGUUUGGUCUGUUGGAGGUGGAUUGCCAUCCGAGGUAGAUGAUGAAGGGGAUCCAUCCGUAGUGGGCAAUGGUCUUGGUGGUGUCGAGGACCUUGGAUAG